UCAAAAGCUAUGACGAAGGCCUACCUUAUUUAUUGGUGCGGGGCAUUACGCAGUAAGAAAUCCAACCUGACUGAUGGCGGGGUUCAGAAAAAAGUUCUGGUAAAUCAAGAAGGUAAAAGUGCCUACUAUCCAAUCUUUAACUACCUCAUUUCUACUCAAGUCUCAGCAACUUUACGCAGCGUCCUCUGUUCACCUCCAAUAUCUUCCAUCUCAUUAAUCGCCUACCAUGUCUCGCCAGAUCCAACAACCAUCCAACCAAAUCAAGCUCACAAACGUCUCCCUCGUACGCCUCAAGAAGGGAAAGAAGCGCUUCGAGCUCGCCUGCUACAAGAACAAGGUCCUCGAGUGGCGAUCCGGUAUCGAGACAGAUCUCGAUAAUGUCCUCCAGAUCCCAAACGUCUUCCUCAACGUGUCCAAGGGUCAAACGGCGCCUCGUGAGGAUCUAGACAAGGCCUUUGGCAAGGGCAAGUCUACAGACGACAUCAUCCUCGAGAUUCUGAAAAAGGGUGAGAUGCAAGUCGGCGAGAAAGAGCGCGCGGCGCAGACGGAGCGUGUGCACAACGAGGUUGUCAGCAUAGUCGCUAGUAAACUGGUCGAUCCGAGAACCAAGCGCGUGUACACAUCUGGCAUGAUCGAGAAGGCUCUUGAUAUGCUCAGCUCACAGGCGCACACCGCGACACCCGACAAGAGCGCUGCUGGAAGUGCUGCUGGAACACCUGCGACUGGUGAAGCGGGCGAAGCUAAGCCCCGACCCCAGCACAACUGGACGGGCGUUAGCACGACCAAGAGCGCAAAGAGCCAGGCUCUUGAAGCUAUGAAAGCUCUCAUUGCUCAUCAGCCCAUCCCAGUUGCGAGGGCACGCAUGAGGCUUCGUAUCGCCUGUACUACCAACGUCCUCAAGCAAGCUGUGAAAGGAGCAAAGGGAGCCAACAAAGAAGAAGACGGCGAGCAAAAGGCCGUGGGCACAGUCAAGGAUAAGAUUCUCAGCUACGUUGAGCAAGUCGAGAGUCAAGACGUCGUUGGUUCGGAAUGGGAGGUGGUAGGCUUCGUAGAACCUGGAGCCUUUAAGCCCCUAUCUGACUUUAUUGGCAACGAGACCAAGGGACAGGGAAGAGUUGAGGUUUUGGACAUGGCUGUCACGCACGAGGAUUAAAUAACAAACACGUUUAAGUAGUCAAAAGAGAAAUUAUGA